AGCCAUUGCAGCAGGCUUGUGGUUGAUGUAGAGCGAGCAUUGACGGCCGGUUGUGUUGGUGAGGUGUGUGAGAACAUCUGCAAUGAGAAUCGUGAAACUACAUCGUGUUUGACACUGUUCACCCGAGUAACUGUGUAGAACUAAUGUGACGUUACACAGCUACGCUCGAGCCGGCCGGAGUCCCUUUCCGUGGUUCGGCAAGGGAGCCUCCGAGAAGGCUCCGAGGGGCGCUUGGGAUCUUUUGUUCCUAUCGGCAUUCUCGCUGCGCUCAACGCCAUGGCGCACACUCAGCCGAGUGUAAACUGCAGUCUGGAUGACAUCGACCUCAAUAGUCUAAAGGACCCUGCUGGUAUAUUUGAACUAAUUGAAGUGGUUGGAAAUGGCACCUAUGGCCAAGUAUACAAGGGUCGUCACACAAAAACUGGACAGCUUGCCGCCAUCAAGAUUAUGGAUGUCACUGAGGAUGAAGAGGAAGAAAUUAAGCUAGAGAUUAAUGUUCUGAAGAAGUAUUCUCACCACCGCAAUAUUGCCACCUACUAUGGGGCAUUCAUACAGAAGAGCCCACCGGGCAAAGACGAUAAGCUUUGGUUGGUCAUGGAGUACUGUGGUGCUGGUUCAGUCACAGAUCUUGUCAAGUCAACCAAGGGCCAGUCAUUGAAGGAAGAGUGGAUUGCAUACAUUUGCAGAGAGAUCCUCAGGGGCCUGAGCCAUUUGCACGCCAACAAGAUUAUACACAGGGACAUCAAGGGACAAAAUGUCCUGCUCACCGACAAUGCUGAAGUAAAGCUUGUGGACUUUGGAGUAAGUGCUCAGUUGGACCGUACAAUAGGACGGCGUAACACAUUUAUUGGAACCCCUUACUGGAUGGCUCCAGAAGUGAUUGCUUGUGAUGAGAACCCAGAUGCCACAUAUGACAACAGGAGUGAUCUGUGGUCACUUGGAAUCACUGCGCUGGAAAUGGCAGAGUCGCAACCUCCUUUGUGCGAUAUGCAUCCAAUGCGGGCACUAUUCCUGAUCCCCCGGAACCCGCCACCUCGGCUCAAGUCACGCAAAUGGGCAAAGAAGUUUCACAGCUUCAUCGAGACUGUGCUUGUCAAGGACUACCAGCAGAGACCCUACACAGAGCAACUGCUCAAGCACCCGUUCAUCAAAGAUCAGCCCACCGAAAGACAGGUGCGUAUCCAACUGAAAGACCAUAUGGACCGAUGCCGUAAACAUAAGCGCUCAGCCACGGGAGCAGGAGGUCCCAGGGAGGUGCCAGGAGGGCCCGAUGAUUACCGCUACAGUGGCAGCGAAGGUGAAGACGAAGAUGGUACGGCGGGUGAGCCAGGCUCCGUGGAGCCGGCACAGCGUGACUUGACCCUGAAGCGGAACUUUCAGCAGCUACAGGCUCGGGAUGGUACACUCACUUCUCCACAACAGCAGCAGCAGCAACCAAGCAAGCCUCCCGAGCUUCCUGCCAGGCCACCACCAGUGCCACCACAGAGGGUUAUAGUGGUGCCCGAUCCUCCGCCACCCAGCAAGCCAUUGCCACCAAUCCCCGUGGAGGAAGAACGCAAGCCGGCUACACCACCACGCAACCAUCAGGCUGGAGGAGCCCGCGGAAGCUCCUCAUCUCACCAGCAGCCCCUGCCGCCUCCACCAAACAGCAGAGGCCCCAACCGAAGGCCUGAGGAGCUGGAAGUGUUAGCGCAGCAGCUGAAUGAGCUUGCCCUGAGUGGUGCUGGGGGACGGGGCUCAAACGGAGCGCGCCUGGCACCAUCGCAGAGGCUCAAUGGCGCCCAGCCCAGGCCACCUGCUUCCUCCGAGAUGGUGGGCUCAGACUCUGACGAAGACGAUGGCCUCAUCCAGAAUGAUGGCACUCUGCUGGCAUCGGACCCACCGAGGCCCUUACCUCCGGACGGCUACAACCAGGAGACUCUGCGUUGCCUAGCCUCCGAGGACCCUCUGUGCCAGGCCCCCAACCGACCUCUGCCUCCUACACCGGACGAAGAGGAAGGUCGCAACGAUGCCACGCUUGUUAUGCGCAGGAUACCAAGCAACAGCAGCGGCAGCAAUGAACAGAGGCAUUCAUCAUCUGCCGGAAAAAAUGAUCACGGUAAGGUGCCCACAACCAGCAGCGCAGUAGCAGCCCCCAGCGCCGGUAGCCGGCGAUCUGAAGAGCACCCACGACGGUCCAGUCACUCCCAGCAACAGCAGCAGCAUCGACCCAAAGAACGACCACGAGAGAGCAAAGGUCGCCGGAAAGAGUCAUCUGCAUCAGCGACUACUGCGGCUGAAGUGGCCGGCCGACAAGAAUCGCGUCGUCCCACCGAGCGGAAGCAUUCGCAGCAACUUCCAGACCGCACGGAUCGCAACCCAGCGGCAGUCGCCGAGUGGCUCAUGAAGCACUCUGGAUCGCCAGCAGUCAGGUCAUCGCUCAACUCCUCCUCUGGCGCAACCAGUGCUGAAAGGCAGUCACGACGUGAGGCAGCAGAUUCUGCAAAUUCAAGUGGUGACGCUGCCCUCUUGCGAGAGGAGACAAGUAGUAAGGGCAACCAUGAUGACCGACUGGGACGGUCAGACCUGUCCCAGAGUUCGUCGGGAAACCUGUCCAAUGCUCGGUCGAGUGGCGAGCUUCCAGAUUUGCUGCCACGUCAUGCACAGCAGCGCCAACAGGACAAGUCAACAUCUGACGAGUACCGACAGGCUCUUAACCCACCGGCUCCACCUCAGUUGCAGUUGCAACAGAAGCAACGCUCCUUCCUGGCAUUUGGCUUUAGUGCGGGUGGGGGCAGCACAACAGGGGGUGGGGGCCCCCCAGCCCCAUCUCCUCGACGGGAGUCCCACGUCAAUGUCAACGUCACACCCACCUCGCAUGAGGCAGUGAGCACCACCCCGGAGAUCCGCAAGUACAAGAAACGCUUCUACUCGGAAAUCCUCUGUGCAGCUCUCUGGGGGGUGAAUCUGCUGAUUGGCACGGAGAAUGGCCUGAUGCUGCUGGACCGCAGUGGGCAGGGCAAGGUGUACCAGCUCAUUUCGCGCCGGCGCUUUCAGCAAAUGGAGGUGCUCGAAGGCCAGAAUAUCUUGGUCACCAUCUCGGGCAAGAAACAGCGUGUGCGCGUCUACUAUCUUUCCUGGCUCAAAAGCAAGAUCCUGCGCACCGAUGCGCAAGUUGAAAAGCGCAAUGGCUGGAUAAAUGUCGGAGACCUCCAUGGUGCAGUGCACUUCAAAAUAGUGGUGUGGUCAAUUCCCCAACACGAUCUAAAGGAGUGGGAAAAUACCUUUCGAAUUUGGAGUGGCAACGUGAAGUACGAGCGCAUCAAGUUUCUGGUGAUAGCGCUAAGGGACAGCAUUGAGAUCUAUGCCUGGGCACCCAAGCCGUACCACAAGUUCAUGGCGUUCAAGUCUUUUCCCGAGCUGAUCCACAAACCUCUGGUGGUGGACAUGACCAUCGAGGAAAACAUUCGCCUUAAGGUGGUGUAUGGAUCAAGCCAAGGGUUUCAUGCAGUGGAUUUGGACUCAGGAGCUGUUUAUGAUGUUUACAUUCCUUCCCAUUUCCAGGAUCGUGCAGCGGGGAACCAGGGCCAGAUUACCCCCCACACCAUUGUGACUCUUCCAAACUCCAAAGGAGUUCAACUACUGCUCUGCUACGACAAUGAAGGUGUCUAUGUGAGCAUUUAUGGCCGAGUCAGCAAGAACAUUGUCCUGCAAUGGGGAGAAAUGCCGACGUCAGUUGCAUACGUCGGCACAGGACAAAUCAUGGGCUGGGGCAACAAGGCCAUUGAAAUUCGUAGCGUCGAGUCUGGCCACCUGGACGGCGUGUUUAUGCACAAGAAGUCACAAAAGCUCAAGUUUCUCUGUGAACGCAACGACAAGGUGUUCUUUUCGUCGGCCAAGGGGGGCACCUCCUGCCAGAUCUACUUCAUGACGCUGAACAAGCCAGGAAUGGCUAACUGGUAACCAUGGUACCAGCAGGCCGCCUGUUAGAGCCAGCAGGCAUCAAAAGGCGUAGUUUACAAUUUCCCGUAAAAAAUGUCUCCAGUCAUCCUGCUCGAGCAAAUGCAGCAGUUUUUCCAUCUUUCUGGAAUCGGUAAUUCAGUCUUGGAGAACAAUUGAUGACUUUUUUUUCUCCUACUAUAAUGGAAGUUAGGGCUCAAACUAAGCAAAUAUUUCGGCUGCCAGUGGCAAUUCAGGCCAUUCUCUAGCCUCAGGCAAGCUGCCCUCUGUCAACGCUUUGCAGCUGCCUUCGGUGGUGACGUACUGCGUGUGCAGUUCAUUAAAGUCGCUUUCCCCCGAAGUUACUCAAUAUAGCUGCACUACAAAGAGGAAUUGUUUAGCCUCGCCUAGUCCUAUUACAUAUGAUAUUUUGUAUUUUCACUUACGAGUACCACGCAUUUCAAGCCUGAUUGUGCUCUACGCAGCCUUGCAGUGUGAUACUUUUAUUAAGUAGUUUAAUCAUUUCACCUUCGUAAGUUAAUUUCAUGUUAAUUUACCUUUUGUUAUUUUCUUUUUGCCAUCCACCUGGCACACGGUUUAUGCAACUCAAAUUAUGAGUAUGAGCAAACAGAUCUAGUAUCUUACGAAGAUUUUUUUAUUUUCCUUUAUCAUUUCUUUAUCUUUGCAGUGUUUGAAAUGCUAUCUGUGUGUACUUAGCAGCAUUUCUGGAACAGUGCAGUGUUUUGCAGAGUUGUAAAACUGCUGCAUUUGCUGCAGUGUGCUUACUUCUGCCUGGACUGCAAUUCGCUUGUCACAGCCUAGUGACUGUCUGACUUUGAAUGUUCUCUAUUUUGGGGCCAUGUCAUGCUUCUGUCGUGUUGACCAGCUAGCAGCCCCGAGGUGUGCAACUGGCUGUGCCGUUUUGGCGUAGCCUGCUGUUAGCGCCUUCUGCAAGCUCUUGCUGCUCAUGAUUCACUGUUGAUUUGUCAAACCCAGACUUAAAAAGCGAUUUUGCCUGAGGGAUGCACUGUGUUCUCUAAGCGUAGCUUCAGUGGCUUUAAAACAUGAAAAAAUAAACAGGCGACUGCUGCUGCGGUCUUGUUGUGGAGUUGGCCAUGUCACAUAGUGCACAUAGUUACGGUUACAUAUCUACAUUUUUUUGUUUGUGCAAUACUCCUCUUAGUCUAUCUGAGCAGGUGGGCCCUGUACGCUGCUUUCCUUUACACUGCUUGUGUCAUUUGUGGUCCAAGGCAUGGUUGCUCCUAAGUUUUCUUAUAUACAUAUUAUACAUACAUAUUAUAUACAUACAUAUAUAUAUAUAUAUAGCAGUGGCAUGUGAAGGCUGUUGUCUCUUCAGCUUUUGGUCAAUGUCGUGACCUGUAUUUAUCGUGUACAGAAUUUAUCUAUUUAUCAUCCCAUGCUGAAGGGAGGGGAAAGACUUGCUUUCACCCAAUAGCUGUUCGCUGUUUGGAUGUUUGUUCUUUCUUUAAGUGCCACUCGACAAACAAAGCAGUUUGUGUUCUCUUAGCAUAGUGCCCUUCGUGACAGUGCUUGACACAUCUACACUGGCAGGCCUGUUUCUGGAGUGUGCAUACUAAGGGCAUGGUCUGAAAUGCAUGGAGUGAAGUGGGUUGCUGGAAAUAUAACAUGCUUUUGUCUAGGUGGUGUGCAACUGGCAAGGGCUGCUAAUAUAAACUUAUUUUGUGCAUUUGUCUCGCUUCAACCAGUAGGUGCUUAACUAAACACCUGGAAGCGUAGGUACUUUUAUUUAACAUGGCAAUGUGCUCUGUCUUUUAAAAUGGCAUUGGCUGUGCAUUGGAUUACUAUUGCUGGCUGUAUUUGUACAGUCUGCUCUUUUCUGUGCCGCCUUGUCUUUUAUAUAUAUAUUAUGGCAGCAGAAUAGACAGUUUCUUACAUUGAGGUGAACUAUGAAAUACACCCACGAGGUACUGGGCAUGAGCUAAGCACUCAGGCAGUCAUUGUAGUUGGUAAUAGAGUAUGAUGUACAUUUUGUUUGCUCAAAAUUUCACAGUCACUGAAGAAAGGGGGAAAGAAACUAGGUUUCUACCACUGGUGAGCUUAAGAAAAAGUUAUUGUACAGGUGCUAGUCUAACACCCUCUGACUUUGCUCGUCCCAUGCUUAUGUGUGCACAACCACAGGCAUAUCUGUUGCCCAACAUCCACACAAAUUAUCAUUGCAUAUUUAAACUUGAACACGACCAUUACAUUACCUUAUAGCUUGUGGCAGCAGCAACAGCUUCAAUGAACGGGGUGGCUUUGAGGGCCCAUGCUUUGUUCCAGCACCGUUUUCAUUUUGGGUUGAAAUCAGCUGAAAGAAUCGUGUAUCCUAUUUGUCUGAUAAGGCCUUGUAGUUGCUCAAUGUGACCUAGCUGGUCUAUUCAAAGCGAGCGGCUGGGCACUGUUUCCCAAUAUCAGUGCCUCCUUUAAGCUUGGCUACCACCAGUGCGUCUGUGUGCCAGCACUUGGCAUGAUGGCAUGUGCUGUUGAUUUACCUACUUCGCACCAGUUCUUCACAAGCUGCUCAUCUGGAGCACCGUGCUGCCUCAGCCCUCUUCCUCUUUUUUGUAUUUGCUUUGCUGUAAUUUGCUAUGGUGUUUAUAUAACGUCUGGAUACUGCAAGCUUUUGUAUAAGUGUCCGGUGGACAAUAAGUUACCACAGCUCUGUAAUGUUCCUUGUCUUCAUUUUAUUUUUUUAUUGAAACAAGUCCUCCUUCAUUUCAUGCUGGAGAUGGCAUAUGUUGACCAUGUGGAUUUCAAAAGAAUUUGUUUUCUCACUGGUUAACCUGUUCAUGCCCAUUUAUUUCUUUUUAUUCCUCACGUGCGUGCCCACUUCUUCCUCCCCUUCCUUUACAUAUAUAUAUUUUUUUGUUUAUGUUUGCAGUUUAAUGGCUUUGUUUUGUUGUCCUAGUUUAUUGCAAAGUAGUCAGUGUGACCGUGGAGCUAUAUUUUGUAUAUAUUGACAAAAGCUCCUUUUGCUUAUAGUAGGUUUAAAAUGGCGAACAAACUCAUUCAACCGCAAGCGGGAAGGAAUAUUGUCAAAGUUUAAUCAGCGUUUACCACAGGCUCACUGCAAUGUCAAUAAUAGUGCCAAAGCCUUCCCCUACCCCCCCCCCCCCCUCUUUUUUUUUUUUUUUUUGUUACGGGGCUCUUGUUGCAAGUGGCACUUGAUCCCUCUGUGCGUUUAUUAGUUAGUUUUUUUUUUUUUUUUCGUGCGUCCUGCACGUGUCAGAGGUGCGUCUGAUAGUCAACUGUACGCGAUGAGAAAAAUGUGUGUCCAUGUAUAUAAACAUAUGCGUAUGUGACAUGAUUUACGAGUAAUUGCAUCCUUUUGCAUAUCUGCUUUCUGGAGCAUAUAUGGUACUUUAUAGAAAACUAAUAACCUUUAGCAUAUUUAUGGCUGACCACUGCACGACCGCAGAGUUUUGGAAAAAUGUCAAGUGUGUGCACGCUCAGAGGUUUCCCCCUUUAUGCUAAACAUAAGAUACGGCCAUGGUGGUAUUUCCGGAGUUUUCUCGGACAAGUGGUAGGGUGUAGUUGGCAUUUCACGUGCAGGCAACGCAGCCAGUCGUCAGCAUCAGAUACAUAAUCAGUGUUUCAAUCUGGCUGCGUGCAGUGUAGCUUUGCGAUCGUGCUGUGUAGAGAAAAGGUGGAGCGAACCAAGGUGUACAAUGGUAGACCCAUAUCUGUUGAGCUACUACUUCACAAGUGUUUGACCAGGGCUAUGUAUACUGAAUGAUGUGUCAUAUAAGCCAAUCUUUUGCAAGGCGUUAUCCCAGGAGAACUUUUUUAAUGCAUCCUUGAGAAAGAUUUAAAAAAAAAAAAACACACAGCGACUAUGUAACAUACACGUGCGAUUUUAUAUGUUUUAGUGAUUCUGUCAAUAAAGUUUUACAGAUUUUUC